UCCGCUGCGGAGGCGGCCGCCGUGGGGCGCCUGGGCCGGGGGUCCCGGGGCGAGUCCGGCCGCUCCCCGCUCUGCUCCCGCGGUCCUGGGAAGGCUGUGUGAAGCCCUCCCUGGGCAGCCGGGCCGCAUGGCACUGGGAGGCUUCAAGGGCUCCUGGCUGGCCUUCCACGUGGGCAUCGUGACCGGCUUCAUCAGCACCUUCUACUUGCUCAAUGGCCUGCUCUGGCCGCAACCCCCGGACCCCGAGAGCCAGACGCCCCACCCUGAUGCCUGGGUCGUCCAGCACCCGGCGCUCCUCAGUGCUGGCCACCCGCACCUCUCAGGGGAGGUCAGCACGACUGCGGCCGAGCUGUUCAGCAAGGUGCGGAUCCUGUGCUGGGUCAUGACGGGCCCCAGCAACCUGGAGACCAAGGCCCGGCACGUCCAGGCCACGUGGGCGCGGCACUGCAAUGUGGUGCUGUUCAUGAGUUCGGUGCAGGACGACGGCUUCCCCGCCGUGGGGCUGGACACUAAGGAAGGCCGGGACCAGCUGUACUGGAAAACUAUCCGGGCCUUCCAGUACGUCCACCAGCACCACCUGGAGCAGGCCGACUGGUUCCUCAAGGCAGACGACGACACCUUUGUGGUGCUGGACAACCUGCGCUGGCUGCUGGCCAACCACACGCCUGAGGAGCCCGUCUACUUCGGGAAGCGCUUCAAGCCCUACGCCAAGCAGGGCUACAUGAGCGGCGGGGCCGGCUACGUCCUCAGCAAGGAGGCCCUGAGGCGCUUCGUGGAGGGCUUCAGGACCCAGGUGUGCAGCCACACCACCUCGGUGGAGGACCUGGCCUUGGGCCAGUGCAUGGAGAAGAUGGGGGUGCGGGCGGGGGACUCCCGGGACGCCGCUGGGCGGGAGACUUUCCACCCCUUUGGGCCCGAAUCCCACCUCACCGGGAAGUUCUCCAAGAGCUUCUGGUACUGGAAGUACUGCUACUAUCCCAUCGUGGAGGGCCCCCAGUGCUGCUCCGACCUGGCCAUCUCCUUCCACUACGUGAACCCCGAGCUUAUGUAUACCCUGGAGUUCCUGACCUACCACCUGCGGGCCUAUGGUUACCGCUACCGCUACCAGCCGCCCCUGCCGGAGAACGCCGCUCGCCUGCUGCAGCGCCAGGGCUGGCCGAAGGCGGCCAACGCUACGCUGCUGGUGCAGGGCACCAAGAAACUGUAGUGGGGCUGGGAGGAGGCGGUCGGUCCGGGAUCGGGCUCUGUGCCUGAUGUGGGGCUGGCGUCCUGGGCGAGCCGUGGCCAGGAGCCACGGCCACGUGGCAGCCCCGGAACUGGAUGAUGGAGGGGGCUGUCUCGGGCUAGCUGCCAUCCCAGUUGGCACUAACUGCCCCCCUUGCUGGUAGAGGGGCAGAGGGACCCCCCAUAGAGGGUCCUCUCUAGGGCAGGGGCAGGCCUGGGGUGAGGGGUUCAGCCUCCUGGCCCGUGUCUCUGAUGCCAUGCUCCUGCCCUGGCCCCAUCCAACAGACCCGAUCCCUAGGAGAUGCCCGGAGCCCAACCAAUGGUGACUUGGGGAAGGGGAGGCUGGAGCUACAUUUGGUGGUGAGGGAGGGUCCUCGCACCCUCCCCUCCCCCCACAGUCAAUAGGGCAGGGUCACAAGGCACAGGGAAGAUGAGGCAGGUAGCCCAGGCCACUGAGGGACCUUUCGGGCUCUGUCUGAUGGGCCCUUCCAGGAGGGGGUGAGUCUGGCUCAGUCCAUGGAAGGCUUUAUAAUGGGGGUAGCAGCCAUCUUCCCUCCCCCCCCACUGCCCAGGGGGGCCUGAAGGGUGUGAGGUCUGAGGAAGGCACAUGGGGGAAAGGAAGCGGGUAGGUUUCCCAUUGUGGGGGGAGGAGCUGGGACGCCAUGAUGAGGGGCACAUGGGGUGGCAUGUGAUGGUGGCGGCAAGGAGUUCUGGGAGCAGGGUCUGGCUGGGCUGGAGAGAGAUCCUUGGCAGUGGGGACGAAGGGGCGGGCGGGCAUGCGAGAGGCAGAAGCGCUGCCCUUGGCUAGAGGUGCACGGCGCCCAACCAAUCGCAAAUUGUGGGUGGAGAAAAACCCCGUGGCAAGCCACGGUCAAUACCACUAAAUGGCGAGGGGGCCAAGGGUGAUACCACCGCCUCCAGGUUUGGCUGGAGCCCUGCCACGGAUCAGUCCACUGCAUGGUGAGGGGGCCAUGGGCAAUACCACCACAGGCUGAGCUGGAGCCCUGCCACAGAUCGUACCACUAUGGGUGAGCAGGCCAUGGAUCAUACCACUGCAUGGUGAGGGGGCUAUGGCCGAUACCACUGCCAGCUAAGCUGGAGUGCUGCCAGGGAUCAGACCACUGCAGGGUUAGGGGGCCACAGGCUGAGCUGGAGCCCUGCCACGGAUCAUACCACUGCACGGCAAGCAGGAGCUCGGCAAUAGAUUGUACCAUGGUUGGGUGAUGGGGCCAAGGAUCGUACCACUUUGGGGUGAGCAGGAACCCCGCAGCAGAUGGCACCACUUCACAGCUCACUUGUGGCUUGUGAAAUGCCCGUGGCAGCCCCCUCCCCCCCCACGUGGUGCACUGGAGCAGGGGGUCUCAUCACUGUCCUCCUGGGAGAAGCAAGGGGCCAAUUGGGCUUUGGGGUGAAUAAACCCUGCUUUGGUUUUUGUAAAGAAAUGGCCUGGUUUUAGCUUCCCUGCGCCGGGGCCCUGCGGCUGGGUCUGGGCUCUGGCUACGUAGCAGCGCCCAGGGCUGAGCGGGUGCUGACCGCGGUGCCCACAGGGCCCAGUACGCCCAGCCCCAAUGGGUGGGUUGAGCCCAGCCUGGGGGCACCUGCACUCGCCAGUCAGCGCUGACUCCUCGGCGUGGCAGUGGGGUGGGGCGCCUGCCCCAUCCCCAUGCGAGAGGGGGCUAGAGUAGGUCAGAGAGGCUGUGCAGGCCUUCAGCCAAUCAAGAAAGGGCUCGCUGAGAGCCAAUCAGGGCUCAGCUUGGCCCUAUAUAAAGGCUGCCCAGACAACCAGCAAGCAGUCGGUCCCAGGCCUUUGACAGGGGAAGGUCAGUCUCCAGAGCUGGGAGACUAGUACCUGCACAGCGCAGUGCUGGCCAGUCUUGGGGAGCAGAAGGGAGCUCUAGCCCGUAGCCUACCAGGCUGCAGGCCCUGAAGGGAAGGGCCUAGUGGGUGCAAGGGGCUGUAGGGGAAGCGGCCCAAGGAAGCGGACAGAGGAGGGGGGAGGAGGAGGACGGCGAGGCUGCCACCAGAGGGUCUCUGGGCUGGGACCCAGAGUAGAGGGCGGGCCUGGGUCCCCCCCCCCUUGCAGUACACCAAGCCAUCGGCCGUAGGGAGCAGCCAUCAUAGACAACACCAGAUCCCUGACGAGGGAUUAGACUUUGGGGUGUGUGAUUGGACAUGGUGGCUGGGGCAUAGAGAGACUACUGAUUCCCCCCCGCCCAGAAGGGGGUGUGGAUGGACUAAGGGCAUAGCCGGAGGGCAGUGGUCCUGAAGAGGACACCGCGAGCUGGAGAGUGACAUGGGCUCAAACGCCAACCAAGGGCGAGACAACGGGUGGGACACCACUAGGAGAGGGCGCUCCACUGGACUGAGCUAAUUCCUGGAGACAACCAGCCGGAGGCAAGUCCCAAACCUGUCACAGGCAGGGUCAGAACAGGCGGCUGCUGGCAUCUUGGUGGGGGUGGGGCUGCAUACAGGGCAGGGGGACUUGGCCGGGGUGCGGGCAGGGGCCCUGAGGCUGAUCAGCGCCAGGCGGGACAGGUUUCCUGCACCCACUUUGUGGCUGGGGUCAGAAUCCAGGUGUGACAAACUGGGACUGUUCUUACUGUGGUCUUUGAAUGCUGACAGGGGAGUGUGGCUAGGAUAGUCUGCAUUGGGGGAUGAGAGACUGACCGAUGGAGAAUACCUGAGCAUGUAACAUGAGAACCCAGGAAGGGGUUAGAGGCCAGGUGACACCUUGGCCUGGGAAACUGAACAAAGGCUGUGGGAGGGGUCACUGGGGAGAGUUCAGAGCUGGCUGGUGACAUGGCUGGGAGGCAGACGGGGUUCUGACCCCCCCAAGGGGCUGUGGUGCCCUGGGACCUCAAGAUGCACCUAACUGGGGGGAUCCUGUUGUCUAUGCCUGCAAGACCUGUCUUGGACUGUGUUCCUGUUCGUCUAAAUAAACCUUCUGCUUUACUGGCUGGCUGAGAGUCAUGGUGAAUCGCAGGAAGCCGGGGGUGCAGGGCCUUGUGUCCCCCCACACUCCGUGACACCAGGCUGCGGCUCCGGGUGCUUGCUCGGGCUCCCCCACACCGGGCUGAGGUGUUUGCACAGCAGGGUCUGAGCUGGAUAGCCAGGGGCCUGGCGCUGGAUCCCAGCCUUCGCAGGGCAGCGUUCGCGCCAGGGAUGUGGCGACAUUAACCCCUUGCCUCCCAGAGUUGAGUCCACCUGCGCUUUGCAAUGCGGGGAUGACGUCAUGGCCCAAAUGCAGCUGGCUCUGUGUGACGUUGCUCUCUGUCGGCUUUAUGAAAAUACGCUUAUGAGUGUGAAUAUGAUAUAACUGGAAUAUGCUUUAUGCAAAAGGUCUCUUGUAAGGUAUCGUUACAAAGCUUGUGUCACGGACUCACAGGAUGUGCCCGCUCUUGGCUCUGUGCGGUCCAUGGGGGGGGGGGAACCCCCUUCAGUGAGACAGCCCACUUGCUCUGGACCCCUGGGACCUCCACUCCCAGAGGGAAUAAUUCCCCCUGUUCUCUAGACUGGAGUGACACGAUGUGACGAACUGGGACUGUUCUUGCUGGGGUGUGUGAAUGCUGACAGGGGAGUGUGACUAGGAUGGUCUGCAUCGGGGGAUGGGAGUGUGCCCAAGGGAACAUACCUGAGCUUGUAACAUGAGAACCCAGGAGGGGGUUGGAGGCCAGGUGACUCCGGGGCCUGGGAAACUGAACAAAGGCUGUGGGAGGGGUCGCUGAAAGGAGUGUGCUGGAAGCAGGCUGGAGAGAUGGCUGGGAGGCAGAGAUGGCUCUGACCCCCCAAAGGGGGGGUGGGCUGGGAUGCCCUGGGACCCCAAGCUGGACCUAACUGAGGGGGGCCCUGUUGUCUGUGCCUGCAAGACCUGUCUUGGACUGUGUUCCUGUCAUCCAAAUAAACCUUCUGCUUUACUGGCUGGCUGAGAGUCAUGGUGAAUCGCAGGAAGCCGGGGGUGCAGGGCCCUGAGUCCCCCAAAACUCCGUGACACACUCAGCCGGCAUAAAACAGGAGGGGUUAUUGAGCGGCUGAACACAGCACAGGAAACUCUCAGGCUUGGGCCUCAGAGCUGGUCCUCAGCCCAGCACAUCCCAGUCUCCCCAGCAUCCAGGUGGGCUCUACCUGCUCCCCCUCUCCAGCCCCAACCCCCCCUGCUUCCCAGCUGGGCAUGAUAUCACUGGCCCCAAGCCCCGCCUCUGUUCAUUGGCUUCUCUCCAGGUAAACAGGGUCACCUGGGCCUCCUCUCCCCUCUUCUGUCCUCUGGUCAGGUCACCGGGGUCCUCUCCCCGCAGCCCAUUGUCCUCCCACUGGCCAGAACCGGCUGGGCCUCCUGAUCACCAGUCGCUGGGGUCUCCAUUCUCCAGGGAUCCCAAGUUCCCUCGCUGGUCCUCUGUAACAACAAACUCCCUCUCCCAUCACAUCGUUAAACCAGUAACACCCAGGGAAACUGAGUCCCACGCCCACUGCGUGCAAACCAUUGGAAAACAAGAAAAUCCCCCACUUUGUCACUACGUCCCAGCUUAGAAGAAGAAGAUAUAAACUUGUAUUACUGAUGUAAACGUAUUAAGUGGAAGCCAUUAAGGGUGCUUCUAUAAAUAGCCCUGUUUACUUGCAAACCUUCCUGUGUAUGUGUGGGUCAGCCCAGGAACUGUGGGGUCUCAGGACAUGUGACCAUGUCACAUGAUACUAAAAUCCAUCUGUGAUGUUGUGCAGUCUAUAUGGUUUUAUAAAAACAUAAGUGAAUAUAAUGUAACUGGGAUAGUUUUAGAAAAAUUUGGUAAAAAGUGACUAUAACGUAACUGGGAUGUGCUUCACGCAGAAGGUCUCUUGUAAGGUAUCAUUACAAAGCUUAUAAUCUACUGAGUGUGAUCAUCCGAUUUGUAGAAAUGUACCACUCUUGUAUCUAAAACUGGAAAUAUAAAACAUAACUCUGAGGGCCUAUUGUAAUUAUGUAAAGUGUGGGCCAUUAAUGAUGGUUUGCAAUCUUGAGGACUCCCAUUGUCUGCAGAUGGCUGUGUUUACCUGUGAGUCUUCCUGUAUAUGUGUGUGCUGGCAAGUGAGUAAUGAAGUCUUGCAGUGACAUGUGAUCAUGUCACCUGAACUGGAAUCCAUCUUUAACCUGGUGCUUUUCCAGUGAGGGGGGGUGGAAACCCAGAGGGACAAAGGGUUCCCGCCUUAUGCAAAAGAUAUAUAAAGGGGUGGAAGAGAACAAAGGAGAGAGAGGAGCCAUCAUGAAGAAUCCCCUAGCUAUCACCUUAGCUGUACCAGGGGAAAGAAUUGUGCCCAAGCCUGGAAGGGGUCCAGUCUGAGAAAAAACUUACUGAAGCAUCUCUGAGGGUGAGAUUAUCUGUAUUCAGUUUGAUUAGGCAUAGAUUUGCGCAUUUUAUUUUAUUUUACUUGGUGACUUACUUUGUUCUGUCUGUUACUACUUGGAACCACUUAAAUCCUAUUUUCUGUAUUUAAUAAAAUCACUUUUUAUUUAGUAAUUUACUCAGAGUAUGUAUUAAUACCUGGGGGAGCAAACAGCUGUGCAUAUCUCGCUAUCAGUGUUAUAGAGGGCGAACAAUUUAUGAAUUUGCCCUGCAUAAGCUUUAUGCAGGGUAAAACGGAUUUAUCUGGGUUUAGACCCCAUUGGGAGUUGGGCAUCUGAGUGCUAAAGACAAGCACACUUCUGUCAGCUGUUUUCAGGUAAACUUGCAGCUUUGGGAGAAGUGAUUCAGACCCUGGGUCUGUGUUGGGGCAGACGGGAGUGUCUGGCUCAGCAAGACGGGGUGCUGGAGUCCUGAGCUGGCAGGGAAAACAGGAACAGGGGUAGUCUUUGCACAUCGGGUGACAGCUCCCAAGGGGGUUUCUGUGAUCCAACCCGUCACACCAUCAUAAAUCUGGUACUUUACCAUUUAGAAGGAAGGGUGGGGACCAAGAGAUUCCCGCCUUAUGCCAAAACUAUAAAAGGGGGUGGAGCAGAGCAAAGGAGGCCAGUCCUGAGAAAACCCCUGCUUACCACCGGAGAUGUCUGCUGGAACUAACAAGGACUGAACCGGGGAAAGGAUUGGGCCCAGAUGAGGAGGGAGUCUAGUCUGUGAAAGAAGCUUAUUGGAACAUCUCUAAGCGUGAGAUAUUACCUAUAAUCAGUUUCUUAAUGUAUUAGGCUUAGACUUGGAUGUUUUUGCCUUAUUUUGCUUGGUGAUUUACUUUGUUCUGUCUGUUAUUACGUGAAACCACUUAAAUCCUACUUUCUAUACUUAAUAAAAUCACUUUUGUUUAUUAAUGAA